AAGGACGAUGACACACAGGAGAGCAGCAAAUACAAGAAGAAGGUAAUGGCCGGCAUGCUUUUAGUCCUUUGCCUCUGUGUGGUCCUUGCUGUUUGGCUUCUUCAAGGGAAAGAGAGCCCGGCGUAUGCCGGUCAAAAGACAGCACUAGCAGCGAAGGUUACAACGAGUGGUCCAGUCAAAGUCGAAGUCAGAGCAACAGCACCGCCUUCGAAACCUUCAGUCGGACUCACGUGCAUCACUGACACCCUGUUGAAAGUGUCGACUUCUGCGUACGACGACAUGUGCGCUAGACUGUACGUAAAGCUGACUAUCGCCGAAGACGACACAUUUGAUCCAGUUCCGCUAUCUGUCAGAGAAAUCCAGGCUUUGCACCCGAAGACAGUGAGGUUUGCGAUCUCAUUGCGUGGCAUAAAAGACCAGGCGCUUUUGUUCAAAGGCAUAAGACAGCACCAUGAUUGGGUGGAGAAGGGUUGCGCCUUGCUGGACGUGCCUUUUCAAAAAGCGUUUAUGACGAACUUGGUCGAAGAAUUCAUUGAUUGCGUGAGCAUCAAUAUGCGGAAAGAAAUGGUAAUGAUGAGCAUUGAACCUGAUGAUUACACCAACAAGCUUAAGGACAUCAUACAACCAUCAAAAAUGCCUGGCGUCCACAUCAUCGUGGUUGGCACAAGAAAGGGUCGCUAUUCGUGCCCGACAGAUUACCUCUGGAGGCAAAAGGAGUCGCUGGACCUUGCCAUUCUACUGAAUAAGAAAAUGCCACAACCCGUUUCAAUCGCCACUACAGCGGCAGUGGCGGAAUUUCAGUUUGCUUCAGGUCAAGGCGGUGCGUGCCAAAGCGUUAAGAAGGUGACCGGAGAGUUGCAGGGUUGCCAUGCAAAAUCUAAGCAGAAAAAAUUUAUGUGUGGUUCCAAAAUAUAUUACACCGAGAGUGACGCAGCAAUGAAGGCAAUGGCAAUUUAUGCGAAGAAAAACGGCCUCAACUGCGCUGUGGCGGACGCGGAGGCAGUAGACAUGGCGGCGAAGUAUGUCGAGCGAAGCAUGACCAACUUGAACUGCAACUCUACAGACACGAGCGCCCACGCUAACACCGCCGACAACGACAACGCUUGACACUUGCAGUCUGCAGAUGAAAGGCACCGGCGUCCAGCCUUGGGCCGAGUUGGAACUCCACAAUAAAAUAGCAAGCAUGCAUUCGGCAGCAUUGCAACCUUCUGGCCUGCAGCAGCUGACCUAUUUUUGUACAUUCAAAC